AGGAAUGUCGAGAAGGAGCUGGGGAGGAUAACCCUGAGCAAGCUGAAAGAGAUGUUCCCCGAGGUCGUCAGCCAGCUCCAGAGAGAGCGGUGCUUCGGUGUAGACGACGACAACAUUGAUGGAAGAGCUCUACGAGCUCCAUCGAUGAAAUUCACGAAGAAGGAGUUCAUCGAUAUGCUCAUGCGACAGGACGUGGUGCAGGGCGUGAUGAAGAAGCUGGCCCUGCUGGACUCACCGCUGGUCUCGGAUCUCGCACCGCUCACCCGCAAGACGCUGGAAGAGACGCACGCGGGCGUAACGGAGGGGCAGCUGUCGGUGCAUCACCUGCAGCGCCUGCAGCACGGCCUGCGCCACGCCGGCGACCACGGGCCGCUGGAGCAGCCGCUCCUGUCCCCGCUGCCGUCGCCGAUGCAGGUCGUCAUGCAGCGGGCGGAGGAGCGGGGCGAGGCCUCCGGGGAGACCCCGCACCUGUUCGGCAUCAGGGAGCUCGCUGGAGCCGAGCGGCUGCCCGCCGCGUCGCUGGAGGCGGGCGCCGAGUACCAGGGUCGCGUCACGGGCGCCUCGCUGUUCGACGGGCUGCGGGUGGACAUCGGGGCGCAGGUGGAGGCCAUCGUGCGAGUGGAUCUCGGG